UGUUUAAGCCAAAGACACGAUGACAAGUCUCAAGCUAAUCGUCUCGCUGUUUCUUCUAACUAUCAUGCUGUCCACAGCCUCAGGUCAAGGGGGAAUAAGCAGUUGUUGUCGAAUAGUUACAUCCACUCAAGUCCAUCGAGAUCGACUGAAAAGCUACUACAAACAGUUUAAGACAUCGUGCCCUAUUCAUGCAGUGGUAUUUACCACUGUGUUCGGGAAGAGAAUCUGCUCUAGCCCCAGCAGAGUGUGGACAAAGACCAGCAUGGCCUACCUGGACGGAAAGAACUGGCAGCACCAACAAACUGUUAGACACUGACACAACAUCCUUCCUUACUCAGAAAGACUGCACAAUUGAAUUAAACCUAAAAGCCACUUUAAAACUAAAAGCAUGUGUGCUGUUUGAUUUCAACAGACUUUGAAUGUUUUCCUUUUUCCAAAAAUGUCUUACCUCAUUCUAUUCAAGAUACAUAUUGUUUUUACAUUUUUAAUAUCGAUCAUAUUGUAUAUAUUUAAUGUCAGUAUUUAAAAAAAAACUUUUCUUUCAUUGUAUAAUGACGGUCAGUGUUGUUUAGCCUUCUAAUAAAAUGGUCAUAAUGUAA